ACGGUGUCGCUGCAGGCUCAGAAACGGCGUCGGAGCGGCGAGGCGGCUCCGCCCCGGUGCGGCGGAGAGCCCGGCUGUGAGCGCGGGGGCCGCGCAGGAGAGCCGGCGCGUCCGGGCGGCUGCGGGGAGAGGCGUGCGGGGCCGGUGCGGCGGCGAUGGGCGCGUGCUGGGGGCCGGUGCUGCGGGUGCUGGUGGUGCAGGCGGCGUGGGCGCUGUGCGGCGGUCAGGUGCGGUACUCGGUGUCGGAGGAAGCGGAGCCCGGGACGGUGGUGGGCCGUCUGGCGCAGGACGUGGGUCUGGAGGCGGGCGAGGCGGAGGCGCGGCGUCUGCGCCUGGUGUCGCAGGGCCGGCGGGCGAGCGUGGAGGUGAGCGGGGCGAGCGGGGCGCUGGUGGUGAGCUCGCGGCUGGACCGGGAGGAGCUGUGCGGGAAGAGCGCGCCGUGCGUGCUGCGGCUGGAGGUGCUGGUGGAGCGGCCACUGCGUGUGUUCCACAUCGAGCUGGAGGUUACCGACAUCAACGAUAAUGCUCCGAUCUUCCCCGCCGCCCGAAAAAACCUGAGCAUGGCGGAAUUAACCACGGUGCCGGGUUCCCGUUUCCCACUGGAGGGCGCGUCGGAUGCAGAUAUCGGAGCCAACGCUCAGCUCUCCUACACACUCAGCCCCAACGAGCAUUUCAGUCUGGAUGUUAAAUCCUCUGCUGAAAAUAGGAAAUCUUUGUUCUUAGUGCUCACGAAUUCUCUGGACCGCGAGACGAUGGCUGAGCACCGUUUGGUGUUGACAGCGAGUGACGGGGGCCGUCCGUCGCUGACGGGCACGAUGGAGCUGGUGAUCUGGGUGCUGGACGCGAACGACAACGCGCCCCAGUUCAGCCAGUCGGUGUAUAAAGUGCAGGUGCCGGAGAACGCUGCAGAGGGUACGGUGGUGGCGCGAGUGAACGCCACUGAUGCGGACCAGGGACUGAAUAAGGAGUUUUCAUAUAGCAUCUUGAGUUCAGUUCCUGCUGCUAACAGUGAGUUAUUCACUCUUGAUCCCAAGACUGGCGAGCUCCGUCUGAUGCGCGCUCUGGAUUACGAAGACAUCCCUUUCUACGAGAUACAAAUCGAAGCGAGAGAUAAGGGGCCUUUGCCGCUGUCAGGUCACUGCAGCGUGGAGCUGGAGGUGCUGGACGUGAACGACAACGCGCCGGAGGUGCGGGUGACGUCGCUUUCGGUGCCGGUGUCGGAGGACGCGUCGGUGGGGACGGUGGUGGCGCUGCUGAGCGUGUCGGACCGGGACUCGGGGGCGAACGGGCGCGUGCGCUGCUCGGUGUGGCCGUCGUCGCCGUUCGGUCUGGUGUCGGCGUUCGCGGGCUCGUACUCGCUGGUGCUGCGGGAGGCGCUGGACCGGGAGCGGGUGUCGGAGUACGAGGUGGAGGUGCGUGCGGAGGACGGCGGGUCUCCGCCUUUGCGCGGCAGGCUCGGGGUGCGGGUGCCGGUGUCGGACGUGAACGACAACGCGCCGGCGUUCGCGCAGGCCGUGUACACGGUGCUGGCGCGGGAGAACAACGCGGCGGGGGCCGAGCUGGCGCGGGUGUGGGCGCGGGACCCGGACGAGGCGGGCAACGGCCGCGUGAGCUACUCGGUGUGGGAGGGCGGCAGCGGCGUUGGCGUUGUCGGCGGGGUUUUGUUGUCGGGCGGCGUGUGGCGUCCGGCGUCGAGCUACGUGUCGGUGGACGCGGAGAGCGGUCGCGUGUGGGCGCUGCAGGCGCUGGACUACGAGGAGGUGCAGGUGCUGCAGUUCGAGGUGCGUGCGGUGGACGCGGGGGAGCCGCCGCUGUGCGGCAACGCGACGGUGCAGGUGUUCGUGUUGGACGAGAACGACAACGCGCCGGCGCUGCUGCCGUCUGCGGGCGGCGGUGCGGGCGUGGGCGUCGACGCGGGUGGGGCUUCGUCGUUGGAGGCGGUGUCGGGGUCGCUGUGGGCGUGGGCGGCGUGGGGGGCGCCGGCGGGGCAGGUGGUGGCGAAGAUCCGUGCGGUGGACGCGGACUCGGGCUACAACGCGUGGCUGCGGUACGAGCUGUUGGAGCCGCGUGGGAAGAGCCCGUUCCGCGUGGGGCUGUACAGCGGCGAGGUGAGCACGUUGCGGGCGCUGGAGGAGGCGGACGGCCCUCGUCAGAGGCUGGUGAUCGUGGUGCGGGAUCACGGCGAGCCAUCGCGCUCGGCCACGGCCACGCUGAGCGUGUCGCUGCUGGAGGGCGCCGAGGCGGCGCUGGCGGCCGCGGGCUCGGGCUCUGGGCGGCCGGGGCUGCGGCCGUUGUCAGGCGUGGAGGGCGGCUCAGAGUCGUCGUCGUCGACGAACGUGUGGCUGGUGGUGGCCAUCUGCGCGGUGUCGAGCCUGUUCCUGCUGGCGGUGGUGCUGUACGGGGCGUCUCGGUGGGUGCCGCGCGCGGCCGUGUUGUCGGGGCCCGGUCCGACGACGCUGGUGUGCGCCAGCGAAGUGGGGAGCUGGUCGUACUCGCAGCGUCAGAGCCGGAGCCUGUGCGUGGCGGACGGUGCGGGCAAGAGCGACCUGAUGGUUUUCAGCCCCAACUUCCCGCCGCCGCCGCCCGGCCUCGCGGCCAAAGAGACGCAGCCGGAUCCGUCGGCUCUCCUGGACACGAGGAAAAAGAAGAACAGAAUAGACGAGAAUGGAAAGAGGAGAAGAAGGAUUGACGAUGAAGAAACUGCAGAGCCGGAGGCGACUGUCGAGCUGCGAGUGCAGGAAGGGAAGGAUGAAAACGGAAGAGAAAUGGGAAGCAAAUAUAGGACACAGAAGGGCAAGAAAGAAAAGAAACGCAGUCAGAAGAAAGGAGAAUGCAAAGGAGAAAAGUGA